AUGCCACUCAUCUGCGAGCCUUCGGAAAUCCUGGCUGCUUCUUCCACCUCGUCCACCCUCCCUUUCCAUAUCCGUCGCCAGAGCCAACAGAGCGACAUUGCAAAGUCUGUGAUGAUGAGCAACGUCCAGGACCAACAGCGCCGCAGCAUCGACGAGAACACGACCAAGGACCUAAAGUCCAGCCUUAACACCAGCCUGGGCAAGUCGGCCAACAAGAAUGGCUCCCACACGCCAGAGGUCCAACCCUUCCGCCCUCAACCAACGAACCGCACAGCAUCCGCCGUCGGCGCAACCAACACUGGCGCCCUGAACGACACCCCCGAUGGCACCGCCCCGAACAGCCCAAGGUUGUUGCCAAUAAGGCAGAACUCGGGCUCCAGCACCCCACGCGUCCGCCCAACAACCCUCGAUAUCCCCGGCCUCACCAAAUCAAAAGUCUCGCCCGACGGCAGAAUCGCCAAAAGAGAUGUCGGCGCCAAGCUGGUCAUCGUCAUGGUCGGCCUGCCCGCUCGUGGAAAGAGUUACAUCACAAAGAAGCUGGCACGCUACAUGAAUUGGCUACAGCACGACACACGCAUCUUCAAUGUAGGAGAGCGACGUCGUGUCGCCGCUGGAGGUCCAAACACGCUUGAGAAGACGAAAAGCCACGCACAUCGCCCUUCCUUCCUCCCAACAGAACACCGCCCUAGCUUGGCCAGUCUCAACGGCAUUGUCGAGCAAGCAACACAUAUUGGAUCAUCCGGCCUUGCCGCACAGAUCCAGGCCCACACCGACAAGCACGAGAACCAUGACCACGACAGCCAAUCUCGCAGACUCACAAUGCCAACCAUUCAGCUACCACCAGCGACCGAGGAUGCCGGGGUCGCCCAACCCAUAGACGAUGGUACAGAUGGCGUCGAGUUGACCAAGGUGUCGACGCCCGAGAUGCCCGACCCUGAUUCGAUGGAUCAGUCGGCUAGCUUCUUCGAUCCUCAAAAUAAGAGAGCCGCCUUGAUUCGUGAACAAUGCGCCAUGGAUACGCUUGACGAGCUCCUCGACUACAUUCUGGAAGGCAAUGGCUCCGUUGGUAUCCUUGACGCCACGAACAGCACCCUCGAGCGCAGAAAGGUCAUCAUGAAGAAGAUUCGUGAAAGAGCUGGCGAUGAGCUGAAUGUCCUUUUCCUCGAGAGUCGAUGUGUGGAUGAGAAUCUGCUCGAGUCGAACAUGCGCUUGAAGCUUUCCGGCCCCGACUACAAGGACCAAGAUCCCUUCGCUGCUCUUGAGGAUUUCAAGAAGCGUGUUGCCAUCUACGAAAAAGCCUAUGUCCCGCUCGGCGAAUACGAGGAGAAGAACAACAUGCCCUAUAUUCAAAUGAUCGAUGUUGGUCGCAAGGUCAUCUCACAUCAGAUCCGCGGUUUCCUCUCUGCUCAGGCCAACUACUACCUUCUCAACUUCAAUCUUGCGCCACGUAUGAUCUGGAUCACACGUCAUGGUCUUUCCAUGGACAAUGUUUCUGGCAAAAUUGGUGGUGACUCCGACCUCAGUAGCGAGGGCAUUCAGUAUGCCAAAACUCUUACCAAGUUCAUCGAGCACGCACGCAGGGAGUGGGAUAUGAAGCAGCUUCACAAGCUCACUCACUCACACUUCCCUCCUCAGCCCGGUGACACCACUCCUCCCAACCCUCACUACCAGCCCAACGCCAACAACGAACUUCCUCAAAAGUCCUUUUGCGUCUGGACUUCCAUGCUCAAACGCAGUAUCCAGACAGCACAGUUCUUCGACGAUGAGGAGUACGACUCGAAACAGAUGCGUAUGUUGGACGAGCUCAAUGCUGGUAUCAUGGAGGGUCUCACCUACUCCUCUAUCGCCGAAGCCCACCCUGCCGAGUACGCCCUCCGCAAGAAGGACAAGCUACACUACCGCUACCCCGGUCCUGGUGGUGAGGGUUACCUUGACAUCAUCAACCGCUUGCGUCCUGUGAUUGUCGAGCUCGAGCGCAUGGAAGAUCACUGCUUGCUUGUUGGACACCGUAGUGUCGCCCGUGUUCUGCUGGCAUACUUCCGCGGCCUGAAGAGAGAAGAGGUCGCAGACUUGGAUGUACCCAUUGGCAUGCUCUACUGCCUUGAGCCCAAGCCUUAUGGUGUAGAUUUCAAGGCAUACAAAUGGGACAAGAACACCGAGUGGUUCUAUGAGCAACCCAACUUCCAACUCAAGCGUGCCGAGGACGAUAUGCAAUGA